GAAUCAUAUGUUUUGUCGUGUUCGGUUGGACCGAAUUUGAGAGGUCGGUAUCGGAAUAGUCAGCCUGGUUGCAGCCAGCAGGCUAUAUGUAGACAGCAGUGGGUUUAAUCCACCCAGACAUGCAUAGGACGUGAGGAUUCACCGCCUGUCAUCCUGGUUGUGACAAAGCGAUGGAGCACGCCGAAGAAGACGAGCUCGAGACCCGAUUUAAUGCCGCAGUGCGAGUGAUACGGAGUUUACCCGAAGAUGGUCCAUACCAGCCGGCGGAUGGUAUGAUGCUCAUGUUUUAUAGUUACUACAAGCAGGCUAUGUUAGGGCCUUGUAACAUUCCAAGACCUACAGGAUACUGGGACACUGCAGGCAAAGCCAAGUGGGACGCAUGGAACUCACUGGGGAAUAUGUCAAAGGAGGAAGCCAUGCAAGCUUACCUCAAUGACAUUCAGCUGAUUCUGGAGACUCUUCCAGUCACAGAGGAGGUGUCUGAUCUGCUGGAGGCUCUUGGGGGGUAUUUCUUCGAGGAAGUGGAGGGAGGAGUGGAGGAAGAGGAAGAGGAGGCCAAGAGGACCUACAACAGGCCUUUCGCAGCAGCUGCAGAGAGGAAGGCCCCAGGCCCUGACAUGAGUCUGCUCAGGGUGAAGGACCGCAGGUGGAGGUCAGAGGUCAGCUCGUCCAACGGCACUGUGGAGCCCAGCGUCUCCUCCAUGACCAACGGGACACACAGCUCCCUCGACAGUGAGGUGGAGGAGGAGGAACUGGCCUACUCAGAAGAGCCCCUACCGGAGAACCGCUACAGGCAUCUGAACAGACACCUCAGUGAGCGUCUUCGAGCCAACGACUCGGACAACGAGGAAUUCUGUGACUCAAUGGAACAUUUAGCCAUGGACGAGAAAUCGGGAGUACCGAGGGCACACUCCUCCGAGACAAGGGCAAGUCAAGUUAAGAGGAGGAGUCUUCAGGGAGAGACCCUGGAUGAGGACCUGAGUCUCCAGGAAGACGCCCCUCACAGGGAGGGGCUUCAUACAGAACGACGGGACAGUUGCUGGUCAAUGAGUGGAAUAGGUUCCAGGUCAUCGGGGCGAGGUUCCGGGUCACAGCUUUUUACCAAUGGAAAUGCAGCAGAGGGCUGGGUUAUGCAGAACAGGACUGAGGCUGUUGCCAGCGGUAACCUUAAUGAGCACAUCGCCAUGGCGCUGACCAGGCUGCAGGAGGACAUGGCUAACGUGCUUCAGAGGCUGAACACUCUGGAGGCCCUGACCACAUUACAGACUAGAUCGCUUUCUCAGGCUAGACAAGAUGACUCCUUAUCCCUAGCAAGAAAGAGUCCUUCGUGGUGGCCUUUUCACCUGUCUCCUACCACUGUGGCGUUUACUACUGUCUGGCCUUUGAUUUCUCAUUGGCUGGUUCAGAUUUACCUGCUACGAAAGAGGAAAAAGAUAAACUGAGGAUCGAGUGGGUUAUCCAAACAAGCCAGACUCUUAAGAGAAUUUGCUCUACUUUUGCACAGGAGUUAUACUUUUCAUUUAAAUUCUCUACAUGCCACUGUUUGGCACUGUACAACAACUGUACUUGUGCAAGAGAGAGGUGAUUUGUAAUACAUAAUUCAUAAUUUAUUUUUUAUUUAAACAUUGUCUGGAUUUAUGGGCACAAUAGAAUGUUUGCUUACCACGUGACAUUUUUUAAAUAUUAUUUUGGUACCCCACUAAUGCCAUACAAUAUUGUAACUUCAUGGACCAGUUUCCCUGAUUCCUAUUGGAAUAAAAAGCACUUUCAAUGCUUUCAAUGAGGAUUCUCCAUUGAACAUGUGUUUUAGUCCAAGAGGUAGGCUCUUAUAGCUUAAUAUUACUUAACACAUGACAUAGUGACCCACUAACUUGCUUGAUCAUUCACUCAAAUUUAAAACAGGGUGCUUCGCAAUAUAUAUUACCCCUUUCUCACUUAGAAUGACAUUAAUGGUUUUGUUUCUCAAAAACAGGAAAUACAUGAAUGUUUGUCAAACGUACACUCAUAAAGGUAGUGUACAAACAAAACAUCACAAGUUUUACAUGGGGGGGAUCAAGACGUAAUAGAUGUAUUGAUGUGGUGUUGAGGUCCAUGAAUAUAUUUUAUACUGUAUUUAUUGACCAUAUUAAUCAUACAUACUGAAGUGUACUCAUACUUGACAUUGAUGUUGAUUAAUAACCUUCCACUAACACUAAUGGAUUAAAUAUUCAUAUUUUAUUCCCAAUAUAGGUAAAUAUUUCAGAAUGUUUAGCAAAGAAAUCCCAGAAGACGGCUUUCAUUAACACAGUGGGAUUAGGAAGGUUUCUGUGUGGAUCAAAGGAUUAACAUUAUUGUGCAAUAUCUGCUGUCUAUUAUCAUUUGCAAUAAGCCCAAAAUAAUUCACUUCCAGAAAGAAAUCCUACAGGGUUUGUAGGAAUGUUUUAUUUUCCUAAUCUUAUUUCUCUAUCUCUAUUUUCUUCCUGUGAACACAUUGUGUAAUUUAUGAGAAUUACUGAUAGAAAACAGGACUAUAGUGCAAAAUAUUGUAUUUAUAGUAUUUCAUUAUACUACAAGAAUGUAUCUAAGUAGCCUACUGAUGAUUAUACAAUUAUGUGCAGAGAUGCACUUGCAAGUUGCAAUAAAGCAUUGUUCACACUGCA